AUGGCGUUUGCUGCAAGGCUCGGUGUCAUCAUCGACGAGCUGGUCCAAUCAACGACCGGCUUGUCUGCGACUCAAGACUCGACUGCCUUUGACCACAUUCGCCAAGGCGUACUCACCAAGCUCAAAUCACACUCAUAUCUGCGUACGAACCAGUUCGACGUGGCCAAUCGUCUAUAUGGGCUGGAGGAGCGCUUCCGUAUAAACCACCGAGAAGGUCUGGCUGAUGUCCUCCGCCAGAGUCUGGACACGCUCGAGGAGACAUGCCCCUCCAAGUGGAAUCCCGACAUUCUCCAUCUGCUCCUGGAGCUGUCGGACCAGCCCACCUUCAAGACGAGAUUGGCCGACGUCGAGGCUCUGAAUCCGCCCCCGGAGGAGACCCCAGAGGGUCUCAGGUGGGAGACCGUGGCGCGCGAGGACGGCUGGGAUGAUGAUGACGCUGCCCUGUGGAAGACGAUACGCUACGACGACAGCAGCUCCGAGGACGACUACCUGUCUGGUGACCGUUCUGAGGAUGCAGCAUCGGACACGACAGGCUCAGGUGAUGGUGACGUGGGAAGGACAGCAGAGGUUCUCAUCAUCAGACCAGACGAUGCCGACCUGCUCCAGGCUAUCUGCCAGGCUCAGCAGUGGCGCAUCGCGAAGCCGUCAACCGAUACCUCAGGCCACGCGCGCAAGAUAGCCGUCAGCGAACUCCAGGUCGUUCGUGAGGUGUUAUUCAUGCUCCAGGGCCUCGACACCACCAUAUUUGACGCACGGUGCAACCCGCUGCCCUCUUUCCAGACUCGCCACCUCCUUUGGGACACUCACAGGGCCCUGAUCAACACAUUUACUGAGACGGGCCGCCUGCUACGUCGCUUGCGCAAGUUUGCGCAGGACAACCCCGACGCCUCGCACCUCCAAGCCUUCCAGGACUGCGUUGUGAUCCGUCUUUCUAGCCUGGAUGCCCGCCUGUCCGAUAUGCACUCACGCCUCGCCUCGCCCCCCGCCACCGGGAAUACGGACGCCCCCGUCGUGGCCAGCCUCAUGUCGCUGCGCACCGAUGUGGCCCCCUGGACUGAGCCCCUGUGCAUCCUGUCGACCAUCAUCGCCCGCGUAGGCCAGGAGCACGAUCCGGGACCAUUCCGCUACCUCGAACUGCUCUACGACGAGGCCAACCUCAUGCAGCUGAGCGGUAAGCCUGAUCUAUACGAAUUCCUUGCCCGCAUUUUUGUCGAGUGCUUCAACGUUUACCUCCGUCCCGUCCGCCUGUGGAUGGACGAGGGGAAAUUGUUACGACAUGACAAGAUGUUCUUCAUCUACGAGGUCACCCACGACACGGCCUUGAGUGAUAUAUGGCGCAGCCGGUUCCACCUCCGCCUGACCCCUGACGGCAGCUUGCACGCUCCCGCCUUUCUUCGUCCCGCCGCCUCCAAGAUUCUCAAUGCAGGCAAGAGCCUUGUCGUUCUGGCUCAACUGGGCAUUGCGGCCACAAGCAUCCCCGGCCGGCAGAGCGGCAUGGACCUCGGUUACGAUACCGUAUGUCCUCCCGGAUCCGAAUUAGCACCCUUCUCGUACCUCUUCGCAACUGCAUUUGACCGCUGGCUCGAGAGCCGGUACAGUGCCACGUCGACAACGCUCCGCAAUGCCCUGUUUGGUCAGUGCCGCCUUGUCCAAUCCCUCGAGGCCCUUCAGCUCCUGUACCUCAUGUCGGAUGGCUCGGCAGCCUCUGGCUUCUGUCAGGAUGUCUUCGAGCGCAUCGGCGGGCUGUAUCCGCGAUGGCACGAUGGUCCGGCCCUGACAGCCAUAGGUCACGAACACUACCCCCAGGUCGACGCGAACAGGCUGCUCGUCAGCGUAACCGACGCGGGGCAAUCCGUGGAUCUGACACAGGCCAGGGACUGCGUCCAGGCUGGACUCCCUCACAUCCGUCUGACGUACCGUCUCCCCUGGCCCAUUCAGAUGGUACUCUCCCCCGGAGUCGAAGAGCAGUACCAGGCCGUCUUCACGCUGCUGCUGCAGCUCCGCCGCGCCACGUACGCCCUCCAUCGCCCGCGCGUGCUAGACGGCUACUGGACCGACCACGAGCGCUGGCCCGAGAGAGCCUUGUACUACCUCUGCCGCAACAAGCUCGUGUGGUUCUGCGCCACUGUACAGACGUACCUGGCCACGCUCGUCCUGACCCCUUGCACCGUUCAGUUGCGGCGAGACCUCCUCGACCGCGACCACGGUGCUGCCAACGAUGUUGACGCCAUUGCCGCCGUCCACGACGCCUUCAUCAAGAACGUCGUCGACCAGGCAUGCCUGGGUUCCCGUCUCGCCCCCAUCCGCCAUUGCAUCCUCGACAUAUUCGACCUGGCUGUCCGGCUCGAGAAGCACCACGCGACGCCGCCGUCGUCGGAUUACUACGUGGCCAUCAACGCCGACUUCGACAAGAACCUGCGCUUUAUGGGCAGCGGGCUGCGUAGCGUGGCCAGGGCCAGCAGCGAUGUCUCGGCCGCCAAAUGGGAUACCCUCGCCGAGAUGCUACAGACAGCAGCUACGUGA